AUGGCUACGAAUAUAAAUUGCAAGAAGAAGUGGCACCCAAGCAGGCAUGAAACACAAAUAAGGGUCAAGGAGGCAGAGAAAGCCAUUGAAAAAAACAGGAUCGAGGAAGAUGCAAGAAGAGUGCUUGGCAGAAGGGAAGCGCUUGAGUCGGAAAUACAUGGAGAGCAGACAGAAAGAAUGCAAUGGAUGCUGUAG